AUGCCUGCUUCUGCUCUCACAAAUCUUAAUUUUGGUUGUCCUAGAAGAUCUACAAGGUUCAAGAAUAUUCACACAAUUUAUGAUGAAGAUUAUGACAGGGAUCCUUCUACUUUUAAGAGGAUCAAAACUGAAGUCAUUGAUUCUGAACUAAGUGUUGGUUCUGUCAAUGACAAGGAUAGCGAACAAGAUUGUCAUGAUGUAUCCCUCAAGGAUCUCAGAACUCAGUGUAAAGCUAAGAAUCGGAAGACUUCAAAAAUCACAUUGGAAGGAUGUGGCAUUAAGAAUCAGGCUAAAACAGAAGAUGACAUUGAUCUUGAUAAGCCUCUUAUUGUAUUGAAACAGAAGAGGCCAAAAGCAUCUCCUGCUAAAGCAAAUAUAAAGAUGGAUGCACUAAGAUCUCCAUUUGCUGCGAAAGAGGAAGAUACAACAUCACAGAGAGAUGAGAUUCUUAGUUCUGCACAGAGCUCCCUGCUCAAAGCAACAAUGCAAGACCCAGUAUUAGAGAAGCUUGGAAGGCGAGUUGCAGAACUGGAGCAGUCUAAAGUUGUUAUUGAUUGUACUGAAGAAAUAGUUGGGGAGCAAAUGUGUUGUGCUGAAGUGAACAAUACAGCUGGAGCUCUAGCGAGCUGUGCAAAACCUGAUGUACUUUGUGAAAUAAAAACUGAAGAUACAAAUUACUCUGAAUUUGGAACUUCUAUUUGUUCCAUAAAGAAUCCUGAGCAUUCAUCCUUUGAGCUGCAACAAAAGCUGAUGGAGGGUGAUGACCGUGUGCCUCAAUCUUGUUUCAUGACCCAACCAGCUCAAUUAGCCGAUGUUUCUGAUCAUUCCUGCGAACAAACCUGCAGUUUCAAAGAAAACAAUUUUGAUGACAUUACAGCUGCAAAGGCAACUGAGGUUGAUUCUUCAUUGGGUCUCAUUGAUGAAGUGAGCAAUCAUCAGAAAACAUCUGAAAAUAUAACUAAUUCAGAUAUGGAUAAGUCUUCUACUGCAAAUGGAUUUAUGGCUUGUUCUUUCAGUCAGUCCUGCCAUGAUCGUUUAGAUAACGAUGAGGACUGGAAUUUAUUUGUUCAUGGGAAUGAACCUGUAAAGAUUUUGGCAGAGUUGUCUCCUAUUGAUGAGUCUAGCACAGAUACCCAUUCUGAUUUAUGUGGAAGCACAGAAAUGAAUUGCACUUCACUUGAGGGGGUUGCGCGGAUGCAGGCUGAGGGACAAUUGGAUUCAAUAGUCUGCUGUGGUGUAAGACCAAAGCAUAUGUUACUAGAUAUGGAAAUUGGAGAUACAGCCACUGAUACAUUCACCUUUGACAAGAGUAUUGACUUGGCUCAUCCUGCCAAUUUUGUUGCACAGGAUGGAAGGCUAGAAAGUAUAGUAUAUGAUGUUUUGAAUAAUAAUGCACAAAGGACGGCCUCUAAAAAUAAAUCUUCUGCUGGACUCCCAGAUACUGCUGUGAUUCAGAGCUCACUUAUUGACUUCACUGACAACUGUCCUGAAGACAAAAAGGCUUCAGAUGAUAAAAUUUCACCUCCCAUUAAUGUGGACUGGCCUUAUAAGUUAAAUUCUACAAUAGACUAUGACAUUUGCAGAUCUAUUAAUAAUGAUGAAGGAUCAGAAGAAGAAUUAGUGCCUCAACAUCAGUUAUACCAGUCGUGUAGUGAUAAGUUCAACCUUAGCAGUGUCAUGCCAGAGAUCUCUAAUGCUGAAGAAUCAAAACAAUUAUUAUCUGCUGGAGAUCAAAAUUCUUCUGCUACCUCUCUGGAAACUGAUGGGCGAAUUCAAAAGCCAGAAAUUUUUGUGGAUGAAGAAUCAAUUGAAGAACAUGCUCCAAGAGUAUUACUGUCCAAGAGAAAGAUUAUGUCACCGACGUCUCAGGAGAAGCUUUGCAGUGCUCUGACUGGUAUUGAUUUGUGUGAUGGAGUCCAAAGAUCGAAGAGCAAAAUCAUUAUUGAAGAUCGUGGCAAAAGUACAAUAUCAUUGCCUCAGCCAGCACACAUGCAAGACAGAUCAAUGUUCCGCACAGACAGGAGACUUAAGGGCAGGACUUCUGUCUCCCCUACAAGCAAAGGAGUUCUGAAGUCAACAGGAUCCCCACCCCAUCAACAGACAACUUGUUCUUGCAUGAGAAGUUCACCAGUGGUCUUAGACACUGAGAAAGCUGUUGAGUUUUCACAAAGGCAGAUGCAUGAUAUAGAAAAUAUAGCUGCAAAGCUUAUCAGGAGCUUGAAGCACAUGAAAAGUAUAGUGGACGAAAGUUUGUCAACAGAAGCAUAUUCUUUACUUCCUAACUUUAACAUUGCCGGGGUGAGACAUGAAAUGGAAUAUGCACUUCUCAUUCUAAAUUCUAGUAAAAUCAGAGCAGCCUCUGAGGAUGCAUUAGAAGUGGAGAGGACUACGAAGAAAUGGCUGUCGAUAAUGAACAAAGACUGCAGUCGCUUUUGUAAAAUAUUGAGCCUAGCAAAGAAGAGUGCUGUUUCUCAUCCUGAAGCACCUAGGAAACAAAGAAAAAUAAUGUUUGCAGAUGAAGCUGGAGGAAUGCUCUGCCAUGUUAAGGUAUUAUCCUUGUAUGUUGAGAUCAAGAGUCCAAGUAAGGCGGCAAAUUUUACAAUGUUUGCUGAGGCCACAAGUGAUCUUACUCCAGAAUUAGCCUCUGUAAUAAAAUUUUUGGUAUCCUGUUGCUCCAAAGUGCUUUAUUCUAGGGAACUAUUUAAGCUUGAGUAA